GCCCCGCCCCCGCCGGCCCGGUGGUGGAGGCCCCGCGCGGCGACCCUCGGAACCCCUGCGGUCGAUCAUGGCGCUGCGAGCGGCCCGGAGCCUGGGGUCCGCGGCCUGCGGCCUGCGCGCGGCCCUGGCGCCCGCCGCGCGCUGCCCGCCGCGGCCCUGGCGGCCGAGGACGGACGCCGUCCGGACGCUGCGCACGGGGCCCGCUCUGCUGUCGGUGCGUAAAUUCACAGAGAAACAUGAAUGGAUAAUCACAGAAAAUGGAACUGGAACUGUCGGAAUCAGCAAUUUUGCACAGGAAGCUUUGGGAGAUGUUGUUUACUGUAGUCUGCCUGAAGUUGGGACAAAAUUGAAAAAGCAAGAUGAGUUUGGUGCUUUGGAAAGUGUGAAAGCUGCCAGUGAACUCUACUCUCCUGUGUCAGGAGAAGUAACUGCAGUUAAUGAAGUGCUUGCAGAAAAUCCAGGACUUGUCAAUAAAUCUUGUUAUGAAGACGGUUGGUUGAUAAAGAUGACACUGAGUAAUCCUUCAGAACUAGAUGAACUACUGAGUGAAGAAGCAUAUGAGAAAUACAUAAAAUCUAUUGAGGAGUGAAAAUGGAACCCUGAAUAAAUUAGAGUGAAGUAACUUACUGCAGCAUAGUUGUCUAAAUUAGUGGUGGAUGAAAAUUUUAACAUUUUGCAGCAAUUCAACACUUUCUGGUAGGAAAAGCAACGACAACACUGCUAUGAGAGAAAUACCCUUCACUUUCCAAUGAUUGCAGACAAACAUCAUAUUUUUUUUUUUUUACAAUAAUGAGUUUUAGACUAAACUCUAGGAUUUGGUAUUCAGAAUAUGUUGCCCAGGGUAAAAUCUAUAAUUAUGUAUCUCAAGGAUAAUACUGUUAUCAUACAUCCUAUUGUAACUUAAGUCCACCUCUGGAUUUGGAAUGACCUAAUGACCUCACCAUUUGAAGUAACUGGGAGUGGAGGAAAGUGCUUGUUGGACAACCUCAGAUGAAGAAUUAUAGCUCCAUUUUAUAAUGCACUGCAUUUGCUGGUGCUAUUUUUAUACAAUGAAGCAACAGGUUUGCAGAAAGUAAGAAAAUAAAAUAUUAAACCUCUUUAA